GUGGAACGGAGCCGGCGUCGAUUCUGGAACUGCCAAGUUGUUCUUGGCAGUGGACAGAAUUACGGUUUUGACGAUGACCAAGGUUCGUACAUCCAUACCCCUCACGACUACAUCGCCUACAGGUUCGAGGUGUUGAAGAUUCUGGGAAAGGGUAGUUUCGGUCAGGUGGUGGAAGCAUUUGACCAAAUGACCAACACAUUUGUAGGCCUAAAAAUGCUGCGAAAUGAGAGGAGAUUCACGAAACAGGCGGCAGAAGAGAUUUGCACUUCGGAACUGCUUCGAGACCAGGACUUAGACAAUAGCCGCAACGUGGUGCAUUUGCUAAAGCACUUCACCUUCCUCCGCAAAUUCGCACACUUCAUCCUCAUUUGUUUGGACAAGUUGCAUCGAAAUAAAAUCAUCCACUAUGACUUUAAACCAAAAAAUAUUCGUCUGAAGCAGCAAAGACAAGGCGAAACUAAAGCAUUUGAUUUCGGCUCAAGUUGCUUUGAACACCAACGCAACAUCAACACGUACAUCCAGUCACGAUUUUAUCGAACUCCCAAAGUGAUGCUGUUCUGCAAGUACAAUGUCUCAAUAGGGAACUCACAAUUGCCGGCAGCAGCAGCAGCGGCAGCAGCAGUUGCCGCUGGCUCCAGACUGCCUCUUGACGCCGCAGUCCCCACCGGGAUGGAAGGUAUGCGCAGCAAGCGAAAACGUCGAAGGCUCUCUUCGACCACCACUGCGACUGCAAGAAACCGCACGAUAUCAGAUGCCUCUGCAGAUCAACAUCAGGCUGGGGAGGCACCCGAUCUCAAAAGACCGAUUGAUGUUUGUGGUGGUUGCACACAGUCCUCAAAGACUGCCAGUUAUCGGAGUGGAUUCGCCUCUCCAGUCACGGGUUCGACCGGUCGACAACACCUGUGGACCAAUGAAUCGCACUUUCAUGCAGGCGCUGCAGCAGCCUCGGAGCUUUUGGAAGAUGAUACUCAUGGUGACGAGGAUGAGCAUGGCGAAGACGAGACAACCGUGGACAUCUAUGAUGAUGAAUGUGGUAAUUUUGUCAAGCCACAAAGCCAUCCCAUGUUUGCUGAGGAUGUGCAAAAUAUCGCCUCGUCGCGGCCACAGGUUUCGCAGCAGACAUGUCAGCAGGAAACUGUUGUUGUCGCUGCACCACUUUCGUCAGCAAAACCUGUCCCGCAGCCUCAGUCAGAUCCCCAGGAACUGCCUGAGUUGAGAGCCUUUGACAUCGUGUCCGAAUUGAGUCAGUUUGAGUCGACCGGAGGCAAUGGUAGUAGUGCAAUUGUUGGCCUUGCCUCGGAUGGACGUUCACCACCACCGCCUUGCACACCACAACCAGCAACAACUGCUAGCACAGAACCCGUGCUAUCUCAAGCACUUUCGGCAACCCCUUAUUCACAUUCAAUCGAGGGACAGUCCAUGUUUGCAGCGUACCCGCCCCAUGGAAUUAUGUCUCUGCAAAAGCGACCUCACUUGUUCCUUCAACAACAACAAGAACAACAAGAGCAGCAGGUUGAUUUGAGUGGGAGUAUGGUGGACCCUGGAGUUCCUCCUCCACCCGCACGCUAUCCCGGAUCGAGACCACCAAUGGUCUGGCGACAACCAGUUUCCCAAUGGUUCCCUCAAUUCAAGUCGCAAACAGCUUACGUGGCGGCUAAUCAGCAGCAGCAGCAGCAGCGGCGGCAGCAUCAACAAAUGCAGCAUAGCUUCCAAGCUGCUGUGUGUAGGGGUGAUUCGCCAAGCAUCAUGUCGUCCGUUGGAGCAGGAGCAAUGUCACCGAAGUCACGGCAGUCACCAUUGCCACUUGUGUAUGAUCAAACACCAAUGGCUUCGGGCAAUGGAAUGUUGAUGAGUCAGCAGCUAACGACGAUGCUUGGGCAGGCAUCGGAGGAACGCCAACGUCUCGUCGCGUGCAUUAUGAGAAGUGGGAAGACCAGGAACGCCUCGGGCAUCGAUCGACCAUUGCGCCUGUGCUCUAUGCCAACGUGGUCCAUCCCGAAUUGA